AUCUUUUAGCCCUUGAUAUUUUUCAUUUUCAAUCAAUUUCACAUAAUUUCAUAUAGGAAUCAAACUUUUUUCCUUGCCACCAUCACCUCUGGCUUUCUCAUUUAAAAUGUGUAUCCUGAAUUUAUAUAUUAACUGUAAAGCUACUUUGUGACAAUGUCCACUGUUAAAAGUGCUAUACGAAUCAAAUUGAAUUGAAAUGAACUGAAUUGAAAACCUCUCCUUGUAUACUGACUCAUUUGAGAUGUUCUCAUUUGAGAUGUUUUAGAGUUCUGUGUGAUUCGCACCUGCAUUGUGAACACUCACAUCGGUGUGUCAUUGCUGGUGCUGACACUCUUUAACCUGCUAUGGCUUUGUUACACUAACACAGAAUGAUCAUGAGUCUGAGAAAAGAAAGCUCUGUGUAUCUAGUUACACCUGCUCAUAUCAUACAACACUGAGCCUGCUUGCCUAACUCUGCCUUCAAUCUUUAAUGACUUGAGGCUGCCUAUCUUACUGACCUGCUCUAAAUGGGACAAGCCUUGUAGAGUGAGGAUUGGAAGGGAUGCAGGUAUCCUUGCUAUUUGUUGGUGCUGUGAAAAGGAAAGAAUUCCAUGGGGUCUUUAGUGUCUUGAAGUGUUCUGCACGAUGAUAUAGUUCAGUGAGGGCAAAACCCUUCCCUGCCCUUUCCUUAUUCUGCCAAAUUGGAGCUUUUCAAGCUGCUUCUUUAUGCUCAUGCCAAUUGAACCAGUUCACAGAGAACCCUGGACUGCUGAGGAGGUCUGAGAGCAUUACGUGUUCAGCUCCUGCACUUCCAGUUAGUGCCAUCAAGGCGCAGCAUCCCACCUCCCCUCCAAUGCACCUCAGUCACACCAGCCCAACCAGGAGAGGAUGAGCAUUAAUGCCUAGUGGACCUCUUGCCUAUUUGGCAAAAGCAGAGCAAGUCAGCGACCCAGGUUUGUAGAAGAGCAGUGAAAGGGAAGAAGAGAUGCCGUUCGGAGGACUUACGGGACUGAAGGAGAAGGUGCUGAAGCCGGGGAAGGAGGAGAUGAAGUAUGCAGUGGGCGACACUAUGGGGAACCUGCAAAGGAAGAUUGAUGGCACCAAUGUGGAUGAGGACGCGCCAAUAGAGCUAACGGAAGAUGGUAGGCCUGUGUCAGCUUCUCACCGCAGCCCACCGCUGCUCGACUGUGGCUGCUUCGGCCUGCCCAAGCGUUACAUCAUCGCUAUUCUCAGUGGCCUGGGUUUCUGUAUCUCAUUUGGUAUCCGCUGCAAUCUGGGUGUGGCCAUUGUGGAAAUGGUCAACAACAACACGGUGUUCAUCAACGGAACUGCUGUGAUGCAGCCUGCCCAGUUUAACUGGGACCCUGAGACAGUAGGGUUGAUACAUGGCUCAUUUUUCUGGGGUUACAUUGUUACUCAAAUCCCUGGAGGCUUCAUUUCCAACAAGCUUGCAGCAAACAGGGUGUUUGGAGCUGCCAUUUUCUUGACCUCAAUUCUAAAUAUGUUCAUCCCGUCAGCAGCGAGGGUCCACUAUGGCUGUGUCUUGUUCGUACGAAUCUUGCAGGGACUGGUGGAGGGAGUCACCUAUCCAGCUUGCCAUGGAAUGUGGAGUAAAUGGGCUCCUCCACUAGAAAGAAGUCGCCUGGCGACCACAUCUUUUUGUGGCUCAUAUGCAGGUGCUGUGAUUGCCAUGCCUCUGGCAGGAGUGCUAGUUCAAUAUGUGGGCUGGCCCUCAGUUUUCUACAUCUAUGGAGUUUUUGGAAUCAUAUGGUAUAUUUUCUGGCUACUGCUUGCCUAUGAAAGCCCAGCUGUGCAUCCUACUAUUAGCGAAGAAGAAAGAACAUACAUUGAGACCACGAUUGGAGAAGGGGUCAACUUAAUGAGUGCUACUGAGAAAUUCAAGACUCCAUGGCGACGGUUCUUCACCUCUAUGCCAGUCUAUGCCAUUAUCGUGGCCAACUUUUGCCGCAGUUGGACCUUUUAUCUCCUGCUUAUUAGCCAGCCAGCUUAUUUUGAGGAGGUUUUUGGUUUCCCCAUCAGCAAGGUGGGCAUUUUGUCAGCUGUGCCCCACAUGGUGAUGACCAUCAUUGUGCCGAUUGGAGGGCAGCUCGCAGACUUCUUGAGGAGCCAUAAAAUCCUGUCCACCACAACUGUGCGCAAGAUCAUGAACUGUGGAGGGUUUGGGAUGGAAGCCACAUUGCUGCUGGUGGUGGGAUUCUCACAUACACGGGGAGUAGCCAUCUCAUUUCUUGUCCUAGCAGUUGGCUUCAGCGGCUUUGCCAUAUCAGGUUUCAACGUGAAUCACCUUGAUAUUGCUCCCCGUUAUGCCAGUAUCCUGAUGGGAAUCUCCAAUGGCGUAGGCACACUGUCUGGUAUGGUGUGUCCUCUCAUCGUUGGAGCACUGACCAAACACAAAACCCGUCGGGAAUGGCAGAAUGUGUUCGUGAUUGCUUCCAUGGUCCAUUAUUGUGGUGUGAUUUUUUAUGCCAUCUUUGCGUCUGGUGAAAAACAAGACUGGGCUGACCCUGAAAGCACUAGUGAAGAGAAGUGUGGCAUCAUUGGAGAAGACGAACUUGCUCAGGAGAUGGAGCCCAACUCUGACAGCUCCCUCACCACCAGCAAGAAAAUGUCUUACGGGACUACAGAGACCUCAGCUGGCCGCAAAAAGGGCUGGAAAAAGAAAAGAGGCGUGACCACGCAGGAGGAAGAUGAAAGAGGACCAUCACAUUAUGAGAAUGGGGACUUUCAGGAGAAUUAUCAAUGACAUUUGGGGUUCGUCAAGAGCCCAGGACUACUCUCAAGUUAUUGGUAUGCUUCGGAGGUGAUGAUAUUAAAUUAACCUCUCCACUGCAACUCCACUGGAUCCAUGCAACAUUACCCAUGUGGUUGUGCAAUAUGAUGAGGUUGUUUUUUUUUUUUGCAAUUAAUCUGACUUUUCAUCCUUCCUUCCUGAAACUGUAUAAACCCAUUCACUGUAAACCCAUUAGUUCGUUAUUAGACAUCCGUCUCUGUGGUUAUGUGAUGGGCUAUGCUGAGAUAAUGAAGGCAUUUAUAGAAAACAUUUUGUCUGUUUCUUCAUAUUUCAUUUUGAGAAUUCUGCAGCUCCAAAAAGUCCAAAAAGAAAAGAUUUCAAUUAAUUCAAUAAGUAUUAAUAUUAAUAUCUAACUCUUUUAUCAAUAUUUUAAGACAACGUCAUGAAAUGAUUAUACAAACAACGUUAUUAAUUUGACAUUUAUCCCCAUAGUCAUAAG